AUGGCGUCCAAAAAUCGAGGUUUUUGACAGAAAUUUAAACCAAACUACCGCACUGCCAUUUUUCGCCUUAUUUUUGAUUAAAAUGGCAGCCGAAUUCCACAAGCCUGGUUUGUAUAAAUGGAAGCGUCAAGCAAACCCAAGAGUGAUCCAUAGCUCACAGAGAGUUCACAAUGAUAAUGACAUUCAAAAUUGGCUUAAGAAAGUAGAAGACGCCUCCAAUACAGCAGCAGAGUUAACAUUUGGCAACCAUCCCACUGGUCGUAACAGAGGUAAACGAACAGCUCUGUAUGCUAAAGAUGAAGUAAGAUAUGAAGAUGAGGCUUGUACUGAAGCUGAAGAGCUAUUAAACCAGUGGAUGACUGAAAAGGUUUUGAUAAAUGAUGAAAUUGAUGAUGAAUAUGUAUCGGAUGUCUGGAAGCAAAAGGCUAUUGAAAGCAAUGUUAGACAUGAAUGGGAUAAUCUACUGGAUGAUUCUGUGGAAGAAUAUCCAGUCUCUUCCAGAAAUUCUAGAACGGAAAAAUCUCCCGAUCCGUAUUCUCAUCUAUAUGAUGAUAAUGAAGAUGAUGCUGUGGCAUCAAUUUUACAAACUAUGAUGAAAAAAGAAUUUGUUAAAGACAAUUUUAAAAAAGAUUUAGGUUUUGAAGAAAACAGACCUGACCCUAGAAUGAAAAUGGAAUUGCGACAUAAACAGGUGAAAGAAAAUAGAGAGAAGAGAGAAAAAGAAAUAGAAAGAGCUAGAAGGGAUAAACAAUCAAAGAAAGAUGCUCAUCUGCAAGCCAAGAAAAUAGUUUUACAGGAAGAAAGGGAUAAAGAUAUGAAGAUUAAGAAAGAAGAGCAAGAAAUACAAAAAGAAAUGGUGAGAAUAAGAAAACAAUUACAAGCAGAUAGAAGAAGAAAAGAAGAAGAAAAAUUAAGGCACGAAGAGGAAGCCUUACAAAAGGAAAUGAAAACACAAAGUGAGAUUGAAAAAAUGAGAGAAAGAGAAGGACUUUUGAUCUUGAAACAUCAGAAAUCUAUUGAGGAAAGAAAGAAAUUUGUUAUGCAGAAAAUGUCUGAAAUUCAAACAAAGCAGGCAUCCAAUAAUAUGAGAUUAUUGCAUCAACAUUUUACAGCGUGGUAUGAUGUUAUAUUACAACGUAGAUUAGUUAUAGGUAAAUCAAAAAAGAACCAGGCAGCUAGUAGACACUAUCAUACCAGUCUGCUUCAGAAAUAUUUUACAUCCUGGGUGAUCUGGAUUCAACAAGAACAAGAUAAACGUCAGUUGGAGGAGGCUCAAAAUGUCACAAGACAAAAGAUGAUGGCCUUACUGGAAAAGGCAGCUACUGGCCAACUGUGGCAGAAUGGAGAGGGUGAUAAAUUAAGUAAUGAAGUUCUUCCAGCAGGGAGAGGUGGAUCUCAAUCUGCUAGAAAUAUGGCUGAUAAUCACAAAAUAGAUGAAUUGUUUGCUCAAAAUAAUCAAAAUAGACCAACAAUGUCUAGUCAAAAUGGACCUUUAGCUUCUAAAAGUGAAUCUUCAAUAGGAAAAGGUAAAAACACUCAUCCUAGGAUACCAACUCAAGCUUGGCAAGUGAAUAGAAAACAUUUGAAUUUGACAGCUGAUGAGAUAGCUAGUCUAGGUGGAGGUGAUAUUGAUUUCAACAGCCAUGUUUCAGAUAAAAGUGUUCGUAAGCGAUUUGGUACACAACCUUGGAUGAACACUCAUUUUAUUGUGAACAAUUUUGAAAAUCGAUACACAGCUCAGCAGAAAAUUCUCACUGAGCAACAAAAUCAGUUGAAAGAACAGAAACGUUUAAUUCAAGAUCUUCAAUAUCAACAAAAUCAACAGAAUUUGAAGGCACAAUUAGAGAGUGGUGAGAGCAGAAAUCAUAAAUCAAAUCAAGGGCAGAGUGAGAGUGAUAACAACCAUAAUCUAGAAACAGUCAGAACAGAUUAUACUGUACAAUCAACAGCACCAAAGUCAAUAUCAACAGCUAGAAGUGAUAUAUCAUCAACAACUGUACAUACCAACAUAUCAAAAACAACAAAUAUAUCUUCUUCAAAUAUGGAAGAAAGAGCUGCUGAAAGAGCUAGAUUAAGAAGAGAAAGAGAAGAAAAGAAGAGACUACAAGAGGAAGAAGCAUUGGCUAGACUGGCUGUAGAAGAAGCAGAAAGAAAGAAAGCUGAAGAAGAAGAAAAGAAAGCUAAAGUAGAAGCUUAUAGAGAAAAGAAAAGAUUAGAAAAACAGAAAGAAGAAGAGAGACAUAAAGAAUUAGAGAAAUUAAAGGAACAGAAUAAAUUAGCUGAUAAUCAUUAUCUUAAAUCUAUCAUAAAAUAUAGAGGAUUACUUCCUUUUAAAAAAAAUGUACAGCUGGCUAAAGAUAAUGAAGAAAAAGCUAGUCACCAUUAUUCUACUGUUACAUUAAAGAAAGUGGUAUUGUCUUGGUAUGAACAUGUGAAACUAGUAAUGGAAGAGAAGUAUGCUAUGGCAGACCAGAUGAGAAAAUUUCUACUGAUUAAACAUAGUUUUAAACAUUGGACACUGUAUAAACAUAGAAUGAGAAUAUUAGAAGAAAAAGCUGAUAAUUAUAGAAACAAAAUAAUAACAUCUACCAUAAUAACAGUAUGGUUAGAUUAUACAACUGAUGAGAAAAUGCUCUAUUGGCAGAAAGAAAGACAAGCUAAGGAACAUUAUUUAUGGUACUUGCAGAAGAAAACAUUAUUAGCUUGGAGAGGUUUACCAGAGAAAUUAAAAAUGGAUAGAGAGAAAGAAAAACGAAGAGAAGAAAUGAGAAGGAAAGUACAAUCAAUGUUGCCUGAUUUUGAAAGUAAUGUAAGGAAGAGUGGUAAUUUUAUCUGAUAAAGAAAAGUGACAUACAGCUGGGAACUCUCAAUACAUGUUAUUGAGUAAAUGUAUAUUACUUAAAUAAUAAUUGGAGCUUUAUCAUUGGCAAUAUUGUUACAGUAAAUUUUGGUUGCAAAGAGUAAUUAAUAAAUGCAUGAUCCAUUACAUUGCAUAAAUUACAUAAUUCAAAUUUAUUGGUUAAAUAUUGGUGUCGUUUGUAUAUAUUAGGAUGUCACCUGAACUUGAUUUAAAGAAGAAUGUUGUCAGAUCUACUUUGAGUGAGGUAAUCCACAGAAAAUAUGGAGAUAAAAUGAUAAAAAGGUGUCUUAUGUACUUUUACUAUACAGACCACAAUACAAUGCACGUCUUUAGUAAAGAUUGUAUUAUCAACUGAUAUCACGCUUAAAAUAAUAUUCUAUUUAUUCUGUCCAUAAAUUAAACCAGGUAUUUAUAAUUCCAUCCAUUCAGUGCCGAUUGUAAAUUAUUUUUUCAAGGCAUUUUUUAAAUAGAUAUUUUGUAUUUAUUGUUGAGAUUUUUCUGUUUAUUAAAAGUUAACAUUGUAGAU